UCACAACCAGAACCCUAAACUCUAGCUUCAGUUUCCAUUCGGAGUUUUAUUGUGACGCACCGUCACAAGAAUGACCGGUGUUUGGGUAUUCCAAUGCGACCAUUGUGUGGCUUGACAUCAUGAGGAUGGACUUUUUAUGAGGAUAACAUUGGUGGCUUUGAGCAGCAUAGUCUCCCAUCAUGUUGCCAGGGGCAGUACGUCACUCAGUCCCUCUGUGGCGCUCUGCUUUGGCCUCUGGCUGCUUGCAGUGUGAGGCAGGGCCAGGGAGAUGGCUGCUGGGACAGGUACUGAGGAGAGCCUACACCUCUACAAGAGCAAGGCAUGCUGCAGCAGGGGACAGUGCCCCUGUGUUUUCCAGAGCCCAAGUGUACAAGGACAAGCUGGCCAUAGUGGACGACAGUGGGAGCCACAGCUACAGGGACUUGUAUGGCAGUAGUAGGGGCCUGGCUGCGCGUAUCAAGGCAGCUCUGGACUGUCCCUCUGGGGACCUGCAGGGGAAGCGCAUCUCCUUCCUGUGCGCCAACGAUGCCUCGUACACGGUAGCCCAGUGGGCAUCCUGGAUGUGUGGCGGCACGGCCGUGCCUCUCUACAGGAAGCACCCUCCGUCUGAGCUGGAGUACAUCAUCUCUGACUCCCAGAGCUCCCUGCUGGUGGCUGGGCAGCCGUACGCAGACACCAUGGAGCCCCUGGCCCACAGACUGGGACUGCCCUACCUGCAGUUGCCCCCCACCUCCAGCCUCAGCUCCCUGCUGGAAGCCCCAGAGAACCAGCCUGAGCCUGGCAUCACAGACUGGGCCCAGCGUCCUGCCAUGAUCAUCUACACCAGCGGCACCACAGGCAGGCCCAAAGGGGUUCUCCACACUCACAGCAACAUUCAGGCCAUGGUUCAGGGUCUGGUGUCAGAGUGGGGCUGGUCCAGAGAUGAUGUCAUCCUUCACAUCUUGCCCCUGCACCACGUCCACGGCAUCGUCAACAAGCUGCUCUGCCCUCUCUGGGUGGGUGCCACCACCGUCAUGCUGCCUACCUUCCAACCUCAGAAGGUAUGGGAGGUCCUGCUCAGCUCCAAGGCUCCUAUGGUGAAUGUGUUCAUGGCUGUUCCAACCAUCUACUCCAAGCUGAUCCAGCACUAUGAGCAGCACUUCACCCAGCCACGCGUCCAGGACUUUGUCAGGGCUGUCUGCAAGGAGAGAAUCAGGCUGAUGGUGUCUGGCUCGUCCGCCCUGCCACAGCCCACCCUGCUACGCUGGGAGGAGAUCACAGGACACACCCUGUUGGAGCGCUACGGCAUGACAGAGAUAGGCAUGGCCCUGUCCAACCCCCUGAAGGGUCCUCGCAUCCCAGGUGCAGUCGGUGUCCCUCUUCCAGGAGUGGAGGUUCGCAUCGUCAUGACGAACGCAACCAGCACCACCAUCGCCGAGGGCAACAGCAGAGAAACUCAGGUGCGUCCAGGGUUGGAGGGGAAGGAGGGGGAGCUGAUGGUGCGAGGAGACCAAGUCUUCACAGAGUACUGGAACAAACCAGAGGCCACCAGGGAGUCUUUCACUGAGGACGGCUGGUUCAAAACUGGGGACACAGCGGUCUAUAAGAAUGGAGUGUACUGGAUCAUGGGCCGCACCUCUGUGGACAUCAUAAAAAGUGGAGGCUAUAAGAUCAGUGCUCUGGAGGUGGAGCGACACCUGCUAGCCCACCCUGAUAUCACAGAUGUGGCUGUGAUUGGUGCUCGGGACGCCACCUGGGGACAGAAGGUGACAGCGGUGGUGCAGCUGAAGAGGGGGCGGAGCAUGACCCUGUCAGAGCUGAAGACCUGGGCCAGAGAGCACAUGGCUCCAUACACCAUCCCUACAGGCCUGGUCCUGGUGGAGGAGAUGCCCAGGAACCAGAUGGGGAAGGUCAACAAGAAGGACCUACUCAAGCACUUCUUCCCCAGCUAACUAGUAGAGAAGCCUGCACCUCCUUCACGGCCCACCUCCUCCAUGACACCUCCCUCCAGCAGGAGCAUAGACCCUCCUCAUACUACAGUAAACCAUUGAGAUGAGCUCCAAGUGACUGACUCAUCAGACAGUGGUCUGGGGAAGAAUGAAGAGACCUCAUUGAGGAUCCCACUAACUACACCGCUGACCCCACUCAGCUCUGAGUUACCGUAGGACUGUUCACUGCUGGGCCUGGAGGCACUGAGCUCAACAGUGCUGUCUUACACGUGAUUAAACUGCUAUAGAGAUAUAUUUAGUUUGGCUGCUAUGACAGAGAACUGAUUUAAUACGAUAAGGCUGCGGUGCCUUCUUUAAAGACUGAGUGCUGCGAUCAUUAGCAUGACUGGGGAUCAUGACAUGAAUAAUUAUGCCAACACACAAGUACAUUAAGAAACCGUGAAAACGAUAAGAGCAGCAAGAGAUCCUUGACAUUAUACACAGAAGAAGAAGAAGAGGGGAAUACAGUGCAUUCUUAAAUUGUUCAUAAUUACAAUCCAGAUGGAUGCCCUUGAAUUGGCGAUGAAGUUUAUUUUAAUGUAAUAAAAUGGAUGAUGUAUGGACA